ACGAGGGAGGGAGGGAGGGAGGGAGGGGGAGGGAAAGGAGGAGGGGGCAAUGACGGAGGAGAGGGGAGUGCCGCCGAGCAGGCAUGAGGUGUUCACUUUCCAUUCCCCUCUCAGCAGCAGUCAGAUGAGUCCUUGCGCACAAGAGUGCCUUCUUACUCUUCCGCUUGUGGCUCUUGGACUCAGCUGAACCCUGCCACAGUCGUCAGCGUUGCCUCGCAGGGCCGCCGACGCCAUUCACUGCGCUACUGAUUCGCUAAAGUUGGGCCCCUCCCUCCCUCCCAGCCUGCCUCCCUCCUGUACAGAUAAAGCCUGAUGUUGAGAAUGAACAGAUCCAAUCAGCUGCUGUGAGCGGGAAGGAGCUUGUCGCUCUCGUUGUCUUCUCCACCACACCCUUCUACUCCUCCUCCUUUCCCCAGAGUCCUGCUUCUUCCCAUCAUGGGCCGACGCGAUCAAUAAUGCUUUACCAUCCUCUCGUCUGACAGUUGAGGUGAGGAGUGAGCUGACCGCUAAAGGCUUCCUAUUUGAGGCAAGCGGGCCCUGAGGAUGGGCUACAGGUGGCAGAGCCUCUAGAGGCCUCCCUUGGCUCAAAUCCCGACAAAGACCUUUCGAGCCCACCUUCUCCCAUGUCAUUGACUUAUAUAUCCUCAUUAGCAACACACAGAAUGGCGGUGAACGUGACACCGAUCCGGGACACAAAGUGGCUGACUUUGGAGGUGUGUCGGGAGUUCCAAAGAGGGACGUGCUCACGGCCGGACAACGAGUGCAAGUUCGCCCACCCCGCCAAGAGCUGCCAAGUGGAAAACGGCCGAGUCAUCGCCUGUUUUGACUCACUCAAGGGCCGCUGUUCCCGGGAGAACUGCAAGUAUCUACAUCCCCCUCCCCACCUGAAGACGCAACUGGAGAUAAAUGGAAGGAACAACCUCAUCCAGCAGAAAAACAUGGCCAUGCUGGCCCAGCAGAUGCAGAUCGCAAACGCCAUGAUGCCUGGCACCCAGCUGCAGCCCGUGCCCAUGUUUUCAGUCACACCCGGCAUGGCGACCAAUGCCAAUGGAGGCGCGGCCGCAGCGUUCAACCCGUACCUUGGCCCCGUGUCGCCUGGCCUGAUGCCCGCCGAGAUCCUGCCCAGCUGCCCGAUACUGCUCACCAACAGCGCCAGCGUUCCCGUCCCGGUCGCCACCGUGGCUCAGAAACUGAUGAGGACGGAUAGACUGGAGGUAUGUCGGGAGUACCAGAGGGGCAACUGCACCCGUGGCGAGAACGACUGCCGCUUCGCGCACCCGUCCGACAGCACCAUGAUCGACACCAACGACAACACGGUGACGGUGUGCAUGGACUACAUUAAGGGCCGUUGCUCCCGGGAGAAGUGCAAGUACUUCCACCCACCCACUCACCUACAGGCCAAAAUCAAAGCGGCCCAGCAUCAAGUCAACCAGGCGGCGGCUGCCGCAGCCAUGGGGCUCCCUCCCGUCCUGCCCCCUUUACCAAAGAGACCCGCACUUGAAAAAGCCAACGGUGCCGCCACCAUGUUCAACGCCGGUGUAUUUCAGUACCAACAGGCCCUGGCCAACAUGCAGUUCCAGCAGCAGGCUGCCUUCAUCCCUUCGGGCUCAAUAUUGUGCAUGACGCCUGCAACAAGUGUUGUACCCAUGAUGCACGGUGCUACUCCGGCCAAUGUGUCCGCAGCCAACACAUCUGCCACAAGUGUUCCCUUUGCAACCGCCUCAGCCAAUCAGAUUCCAAUAAUAUCUGCGGAGCAUCUGACUAGUCACAAAUACGUGACACAGAUGUAGGAGCCUCAAUCACAACAGUGGAACUGGAGAGCAAAGACCAGCGAUUCAACAGACAAACGAGCAACAAUCUGAUGAAUCCAUACGUCAACAACAGAGAGUUUGCGGAAUUUGCUCCAGUCACUUCACGCACACUGCAUACACUUAAAGAGCGUCUUCUUCCUCCUCUCUGUGAAGGGAAGGCGCGUUUACCUUUAUUCACCGGGCACACUUUGAAUGUGAAGAGAAUAAGACGAAGUGCUGUGUCCAUCGAGGCGGAGGAGGAAUCGUGGUCUCUUUUGUACGUUUGCUCAUUGGUUGUCUCUCAUAUGUUUACACAAAAGGUGCACCUUAUAUUUCAGUUGAAAGAGACGAAGAAGAAUCAGACGAGGGUUUUUAUGUUACUGUAAACCAACAAAAAAGGCCAUAUUUGUGCUAAUAUGCCAAUGGUACUGCAAUCACGCAAAGCAAUCGGCUUUCCCUUUAAGGUUUCACGAUUCGUCUUUGUUCCAUCGUCACGACCCAUCACUGCUGAAACGAAACCCUCAAAUCUUUCGCGACAAGGUCAACAAAGACAUAAAAUUAGUGUUCAGUUGCCAAACCGCUGGCUGACGUGUGAUUUGUUGAAGUUUAUUGGGUUUCCGACAGGUCGUCAAUGUAGGUGUGGUCUUGAGCUCGGACGUGUUGAAGAAUAUUUGUUUGUCCGACUUUUCAGAUUUUUAGUCAAAGUAUUUUUGCGUUGCUGUUUUUGUAGUUCAACUUAAGCAGGUACAUACAUACAGACAAUGGACUUUGAGUCUUUUCCCUCACUUGCAAUCAAAGUCAGCAAAAGCCCAAUUGUCGGAUGUCUCUGAAAGGUUACUGGGCGUAAAUGAUUAUCCCAUGGUGUGCGGUGUGUUAAAAGUGAUUUUCCCUGCUUGGAAAAUGGUCUAGACUGACAAUUGGAAAUGUUAAAUAGAGGAGCCACUGAUUGUGUUGAGUUUUGUGUCACGUGUCUCACAAGUCAUUCACCACAGCAAAAAUGACAAGGAGAGUUUGAAACGGGAAUGUAGUUACCAGAUAAACCAGUUAGCCUCGCCGGGAUUUUCUAUUUCCUCUUCGACUCCUCCUCUUUCUUCAUUGAAUUUCCCUACAGUCUGAAUGCGCUGUGACACCAUGCUGCCUCUCACAGGUCAGUCUCGGUAGUACCACCGAUAUCUUUGAGGAACGUGACGGUAGAGAUAUUAUGUGUGUGGUGUGCUGUGUUGGGCAUCUUGACUACACCGUACUCCAAAAGAGCAGUAAGAACAUUUUGUAUCUGGUCGUUUGUAAGGUUUCUCACAUUUGAAAAGUUUGUUAAAACUCGAUGUGUCUACCCCGCCUUAAGGAUUCAGUGUAGCUCUCUCGUAGGUCGCAGUUCCUUAGUAAGUAUUGACUGGACAGAUAGCGCAUCGACAGUGACAAAAAACAAAACAAACAAAAACAGGUUACGAUUGUAUCCCUCAUCUAAAGCCUUAGAAUGUACCAUCAGGUCAUCACAAUGCAACAUGCCAUUCAGAAGCCUGAUCCGUGCCAUGCCAAUACACUUUUUUAAUUCUCUUUAGUUCUAUUAAGGCGUAAGGCAUGUUCGAGUGUCUCUUUGUGUGUUCCCUCAUCUUUAUCUAGAAUUCUGUGUAUGUACAUUUUGAUUUUAGAUGGUAACAUUAGUAUUUUCUAUGUUAUGCAUAUGAACCAUAUGCAUAUUAGCAUUCACCCCUGUAGUCUCUUUGUGUUCUCUGAGCAAAGAUAUUUUCUAUGAAUACUUAACAGUCCCAAUAGAACAGAGAGGCAGAGUUGUCGGCGACAACAGCUAAGCAUUUUAACGAUUGUAAGGUUUGUAACUACUCAUCUAAUUUAAACAAAUAUAUAUAAUAAUAAUUAUUGUUCUUGGAUGUUUUAGAUGUUAUUUUCUACUGUAUCCAUUUCAAAUAAUAAUAUCUAUUGUUUGGGAAUUUUUAACCGAGUUGGAAAUUGGGCCAUGUUGGAAAAAGAAGCUGGGGUUUUUUUCAUUUUUUUUUUCAGUCGGGGUCCCAUGACAGGAAGUCCGCGCUCACUCCACCAAUUGCAAACAAAAUAGUGGGUGGGGGGAGCUCCCGAACAGAAAAAGGUUGACUUUUUGCACUUCUGUACAUAGUCCAAAAAAGAGAGAAAACAUGUAUAUUGAGAUCUUAUUUUGAAUAAAAAAAAAUGUCUAUAAUGACAGAGCGUUUUGUUAGGAUAACCACAAAAAAAGGCUGAACAAAAAAAUCGCUUGCAUCCAAAAGGCGCUGAGUUGUCAUUCUCUAACCCCGCCCCCUUUCAGGAACGGCUGAUGUCGCUCUUUUUUGUUGUUGUUGUUUUUAAA